CAAAUCAGUAGUUACUUGUUUGUCACAGAGGAGAACCAAUCUACAGCCAAUAUGCAGCUCCUGUCAGGAUUGUUCGUUCUGGGCCUCGUUGCCUCGGCCACUUGCUACACUUGCAAAUCUACCGGUAAUACCAACGUAACCGCCAAUGGCGAACAGACCCGAAACGGUCAAUUUCCGCAUCAUGUGCUCGUCGUUUCUACAUUCUCCGAGGGAAAGCGUUACUGCAGUGGAGCUUUAGUGAGCCGGAAGCAUGUCCUGACUGUGGCUCAGUGUGUGGAAGGAUCUAGUAAAGUGGAAGUUACGCUCGGUGCCCAAUGUCUGUUGGCGGAUGCUUCAGAUAACAAGUUCCGUUACACUUUCACUGCAUUGGAGUAUUUCGUCAAAGACGGUUACGACAGCGAAACGUUCGAGAAUGAUGUGGCCGUUAUCAAGUUCACCGAUGAAAACGUUCGUUUGCCCCCGUGGAUCAAGCCGGUUGCCCUUCCGACGGCCGAUGAGCAGUACGUCCAUGAUGAGGUCUACACCAGUGGAUACGGCCUGUUGAACUACAAGACUACGAAUGCAACCGACUAUCUGGAGUUCACAACCCUGCGGGUGCUUAGCUACGAACAGUGCCAGAGGGAGUUUGAAUUCGUUACACCGGAAACUGGACGAUUCUGUGCCCAGCGUGACGAGGAGGAACCCAACUGUGUCAGCGAUGUCGGAAGUCCGUUGGUGUUCAAGCAGGAGGGCUAUAAACAGUACACCUUGUUGGGACUGAGCAGCUUCGGACAGAAGUUCGCUUGCGAAUUUGGAAAUGCGGGCGCUCUGCAGGAGGUGAGGGCUCAUGUUGAAUGGGUGCAGUCAUUCCUAGAAUAAGAGAUGCAAGUCCUUAUAAGCAUAAGGAAAAAAAGUGUCGUUCAUAAAACUUGCGUGUCUGUUAGUUUAGGGAUGAACGUUAAUAAAUCUAUGAAAUAUA